AGAUAAUCUCGUUGUUUGUUUACAACCUGGAGACUUCCUGUCUGUGAGUAGCUUCGUCCAUAAGAAGCUAACUGGUAAUUAAACUUCACAAGUCGGCUGUCAGAAUGGGAUGUGAUGGUGGUACAAUUCCUAAAAGACACGAGCUGGUGAAAGGCCCUAAAAAAGUCGAGAAGGUCGAUAAAAAUGCAGAACUGGCCGCUAAGUGGAAGUACUGUGCCCUGAGCCAGGAAAAGCUCAGACGCCCCAUCGUUUCCUGUGACCUUGGAAGGCUCUACAACAAAGAUGCCAUCAUUGAAUAUCUUCUGGAUAAAUCUGCUGACAGACCCAAUGCUGAGGCUGUUACACACAUCAGAGGGAUAAAGGAUAUAAAGGAGCUGAACUUGACUGAUAAUCCUGAGUGGGAGGGAGAAAGAAGAAAUGCCAAGGGAGACCGUUACGAGGACAUCCACUGUGGCAUGUUCAUUUGUCCUGUUGUUGGGUUGGAGAUGAAUGGCAAGCACAGGUUUUGUUAUCUGCAGACCUGUGGCUGUGUCUUCUCUGACCGGGCCCUGAAAGAAGUCAAGACAGAAAUCUGCCACAAGUGUGGGGACCCGUUUAAAGAUGAGGAUAUUGUUGUGCUCAAUGGCACCAAGGAAGAGGUGGAGAAGCUGAGGGAGAAGAUGGAGGAGAGGCGGGCCAAAGCCAAAACCAAGAAAUCAAAGAAGAACAAAGCAGCUGAAACUGUGUCCACACCAUCUGAAUCAAAAGGUGACACACAGUCUCCACCAGUGGAUGUAACAGAGGGGAGCUCACUACAUGGUGGUGGUGAGAGCAGCCAGUCAGACGUGGCUGGACCCUCCGGAUCCUCCAAAGGCACAAAGUCUUCGACGGCGUCCACCACCAAGAGGUCCAUCCAGGACAUGGAGGGGAGGUCAGAGGCCUUCAAAUCCCUGUUCACCACCCACAGCUCCGCCAAGCGCACUAAAGAGCAGACAUCCAACUGGGUUACCCACACCCCAUAUCACUUCUAGUGACUCAGCCCGAAGACGGAUGUUUUUAGAUCGCUCCAGAAAUUCUGACCCAUUAAAGACCAAUUACUGAUAAAUCUAGUUCUGCAUACCCAGCCCCAUCACACACACACAGAUGUGCACAUACAAACACACACAUCACCCACAUGACCUCUAAUAGAGUCACCAAUGUGUGGACUCUCCCCACUUGUCUCCUCAGUCCCCAGUAGCUCAGUGUUUACAUGUUGUAAACAUUUUGUUAAUAGCUCCCCAGGCUGCUCAGACUCUUUGUUUUGUAAUCUAAUUCCUCCCCCAUGUAUUCUCCCUGCACCAACCUAUUCACAGUCACAGGUGCUCUGAGAAUUGAUGCUGGGGUGACUUUAUCAUCUCUGUCACUCUGCUGUCUCCUAGUGGACAGACUGCAGCUCCUCUACAGAGAUCUGUAAAAGGCUGAAACCGUCACAAAGCUGGUGUGAGGUAAUGUGUAUAGGCUUGAUUUUACUUUUCAGUGAAGGUGAAAAUCUAUUUUACAUUUCUAAAGCAGGUUCUACUGUGGUAUACCUGUCUUCAGUCAUUAUUUUUCUUUUCUCAUGAGUUCUAACAGUAUGAACUUAGCCCUCAUUUUUCUUUGCAGCAUAUUUAACAAGGUUAGCAGAGGACUCUCCAGUUAUCUGUGUCUUACUGUGUUGAUGACUUGUCUUUCUUAAAGAGUCUGGUAAAAAGCCAGGUUAACAAUAUAAAGACCAUUGGUAUUUAUUGAAGCUUUGGGUGCUCAUAAAUAAAUAGAAACUAAAACUGAAACAGCUGUAAACUAAGAAAAACUUUAGGUUCAGUUCUUUUCCUCAAUUUUGAAUAUUUUCAGUUUUAUUUUUCCAAACAAAGUACUUCCAUCUGCAUCUUUUUGGAAGAUCUUUGAGGUGAAAAGUAACCGAAUAUGUUUUGUUGGUUUCCAGUUUGUGAUGGCAGACUGUAAUGAAUUUAGAAUCUUUUCUACACAAAUGUCCUCAGACAGUUUUGGUUUUUUAAAGCAGAUUAAAAACGUCUUCUUGUUUAAAGUUGGGCAGUUGUUUCUUUUUCUUCUCUUUUUUUAAACCUGUAAUGAACGAAAUGUCAAAAUAAAUUUCUGUUCAGUUACAUUAAGUUGAAAA